GCAGCUGUCCGCUGGCGGGAGGCGGCUGCAGCUGGGAAACAGCAGCUCCGGUUUCUGAUCGGAUUUGGGGGUGGGGUGGGAGGUGUGUGUGAGAAAAGCCGAGCGAUGGAGCUUCCCUUCUUUUGACAACGCUCUCCCCUCCAGGACUAAGUCCGCACUGGAAGUAAAAGAACUACGUGGGAGAACCGCCGAUCGCACCUCCGCGUGGGAAGUGGCUGCGGAGCAGCGUGUGCCGCCAGCCCGAGGAUAUCGCUGCCCGCACGCCGGAGAGAGCCCGCCCGGAACGGCUCCGCCGCCUCUGCACUUCACCGUUGCCUGCAGUUAACUAGCGUGCAAUUUGGGUUUCAUGGAGCUGGGCUUAUUGUUCCUCUUUGGACUUACAAUUACGUCGACUGCAGGCAGCAGCCCCGUCCGACGCGCGGUCUGUAACCGGGCACCAAAGACAUCACUCGGCCGCGCGUGGGGUCCUCGCCGCCCCGGCCCCGCUCCCUGCCGGCGGGCGGAGAUCCGCGCUCGGCGGCGCUGGGGCAGAAGCAGCGGGAGGAGAGCGGAGCGGCGGCGGUGCCGGGCGGCGGCAGGGCCAAGGCGGACGGCGGGGUGCUGCGGCGCCGAGCACGGCGCUGCACUUGCUACACCUACAAAGACAAGGAGUGCGUCUACUACUGCCACCUCGACAUCAUCUGGAUCAACACCCCAGAGAGGACUGUGCCAUAUGGGCUCUCUAACUACAGAAGCAGCUUUAGAGGCAAGAGAUCUACGGGCCAGAAUCAAAGUACUUCCCAGCCUUCAUUUCGGUGCUCUUGUUUGGAUAUUCAUGACAAACAGUGUACGCAGUUUUGCAGAAGAAUGCAAGACAGAAGAAGGUUUAACGUUUGCUUGCUGAAGCUCAGAAGCAAGAACUUAAGCUACAACUCUCCCCUGAGAUGGACAAAAUUGAUGCAUCAGUCUGAUGCCAGUGGAGACUUCAGCAGCAUGCAACACUUUCAUUUCAUCAAUGCCAUUCUGAGGGCACGUGAACCUGUAUGAAGAAGCUCUCUCCAUGCUCCCUUCCUGAGAACCUCAGUAAAGGAUAAUCUUUAUCACCUAACCCGGCAGGGAAUGUAUCAUCGUUGAAGAAAAAUUCAAAGGCGGAUCCAAAUUUCAGCAACAGUUUCAGGAAACGUUUUUCUACCUGGUUAAAAAGUACAAUAGAAACAUACAGUUUCACUUACUGCUUGCUACAUGUCUGAAGAAUCCAUCCAGUAUUAUGUGAGCAAUGGUAAUGGGACAAGGUGAUGAGUUAGAGGUUGCCUAUACGUGAGUGCUCAGUAAGAAUAAACAGAUGCAAAAUGUUUCUCUUGUUAAUGUAUGCAGGCCUGAAUCAUCAUAUUGUAACUCUGUGGCAGAUGUUUAAAUAACAGUAUCUAUGCAGAAUAAAUAUGAACAUCUAAUAUAAACAUUACUAUAAACUAUAGCAAGUUAAGAGUAUACGUUGAGUAUUCAAUAGAUUACCGAAUUUAUGCACAAAUUAUUCCUGCACUACGAAAUUCCAUUCAAAGACGUUUGCAGUGAUUAUUUAGGGAUGUGCUUUAAUUUAUGAGCAGAACUCCAAUAAUUAAUCCCAAAGAAUUUCCUAGAGAUGAAAGGGCAGGACUGUGGAACUUCAAAUGAAACUUCACACAAAAGAAUUUACUGUACUGGACCAUAUGCUAUGCAAAGCCCCUACAUACGUUAUCAUCCAUAGUACACACAUUCAUCUUUGCUAGUACUUUAAAUCACAUUUCUGUCUCUUCGCUGAAACAUCGCUGAACAACUUGGAAACUUGGCAAUAAGAUUAUACUCACCCCUGGACACUUUUCAAUGUAAAUGAUUUCUUCAGAAAUUAUGGAAUUCUUCUUUAUUAUUAUUUUUUUUAUUUUUAUAGGAGGAUGCAAGAGUGAGUAAGCUAAGAAAGGCCUUUUGCAAACCGUGUUCGGUAAUAUAAUUUAAAAAGAGAGAAAACCCCUUCCUUGUGACAUUAUAGAUGUUUGGGUUUCUUUGGUUUGACUGAACUUCAUGCAGACUUUCCCCAGGGUGCAUAAGUUAAACUGUAACCAGAUGACAUUAAAUUAUAUUUUAUCAGAAGAUAGACGGAGACUAAAACAACUGCAAAAUAAAAAGAACUUAAUGGUAAAAAAUGGUUAUAUGGACUUAAAGCAGUGCUAAUAGGCUUUGUUUGAACAAAGAAAGGGAGGUCUUUGCCAAAAUAUAUGAUAUAUUUUAUAUAUAUGUGGAUAUAUUUCACAAAUAAAUUAUUAUAGUUAUAAAAGUAAAUAUAUUUGUCAGCCAUUGCAUUUGUAUCAGUGUCUUACUUGCUGUACAAAUGAUUUUAUACCUUAAUAGAAAAUUGAUUAAUUGUAUGGAAACACUUCACAUAACUUUCCCACUUUUUUAAUUAUGAAGAAUGCUUAAUGCUCAUUUAUAACACUUAUCACUAACUGGAUUUUUGUUCUCCUGAAUGUACACACACCGGUCAUACAAAGGUUUGCCACCUUCAGGAGACUGAUAGUUCUACAAGUUUGAGGAGUAUGGAAACUUAAGGGAAGUCAUGCCAUCAUAAUUAAGCACAAGAAGUUAUUUGCAGAAGUUAGAAAUAAAUGUAUUUCUACAUAUAACAUUAGCAUCGUUAGGUGUACAGAACUAUGCUGGGAUGUUGUUUGGAGGACACUGCUGUAUAUUUUUCUAACGUGUUCCAGUUCUUACUCCAUUCCAUGUAAAGCCAUUUAUAUUUUAACUGUUCUAAUUCUGUCAGAGUGUCAGUUCUCAUUCUAGUUCUCAUUGAUAAAAGUGCAAUUUUCAGUUGUUAAUAGCAAUAAGAACAAUAAAUGAUCAGAAGCCUGGAGAACAAUGUA